UCAGACAUAACCUUUCUUCUUAAGUAGUACGAUACAACGAUGAUGCUGACUAUUGCAGACGAAAUCGAAGAGGUUAUAGACUCUAGUGAACCUUCAAAGUCUUGAGUUUUAAAAAUUUAUUUUACAUGUUCAUGUGGACGUAGAUGAGUUGUGACAACUAUUAAAAAUAGAUCGAGGAAUACUGAAUUUAUUACAAUGGCCCUAUCGAGAGAGUUCUUAAAACGCUUGAAUUCAGAGGAAUAUCCCUUGCCGAAACGACUAAAACUAGCGGAAACUGCAUUUUCCUCGGUGGAUCUGCCACUUGUCCGGAAGGAGGACUUGCUUCUGGAAUGGUUUUGUCAAAUUUGUUUAACGAAUCAACACGCUUGGAAGACUUUAAACGAUUGUCUAAAGUCUGCUCAUGUCGACGUUAAAGCCAGUGUUAAACAAUGUGUGAUCGACGCGCUUGAGCUGACAUUGAACAACGAUGUGGAAGACGUGUGUGAUGAGGUCCUCGAGUGCAGCAAUACGGUCCUUACCAACAAUAGCAUGCGGCAAUAUUUUACAAACAACCCGAAGAGUCUAGGGUCGUUGAUAAAAGCCUUAUUAAAUAACGUGCUGAGACAUUCCAGCUGCCCUAAUGCGUCAUCUGAGGAUAAAAUACUCGAGACACAUCGUGAACUGUCGUCUGUGCAGAGUUACACAAUAAUUAAAGUUAUUGAAAGUCUAACACAAAUAUACAAGCUAUCGGUAACCAUGAGAGAUGAGUUAAGAUCAAUUUUUAUACAAGACAUUUUAUAUCCCAUGUGCGAGUUGGCUGGUCACAGAUGCACAAACAAUACAAACAAGUUUGGUAUAGUGGCAUGCAAAUGUAUCCAGCAGUUGCUAUUAGAACAAAACAGGUCUGCUCAAUAUAAACAGAUCAUGGACAGCAGUCAAACUUUCUCAGAUUUAUUUUCCGUGCUAUCUAAAAAUGUGGAAACGCUAGAUCUGCGGAGCAAUCUCUUAACGUACCAGGUCAUUUUCCACGCUGUGAUAAGUUCUUAUAAAUCGGAUGCCGCUUCAUUGGAUAAAUUCUUCAGAAAUCUUGUCAACUCCGCUGGAAGAUACAAGUGGGAAAUUUUGAAUACUUACCUCAAAUUGCUAAAUGAUGUGACGCUUGAUUUUGACAAUGUUGUUGACGAUAUCACGUUAUCCGAAUAUUUUCAGAAGCUUAUAAGCGACAUUUUAACAUGCAACAUGACACACACGCAAUAUGGGGUACUCGCACAACUUGCAUAUAUUAAUCCGCUUUUGAUAGAGAGGAAUGUCUCAGGUAUCUUGGAUAAGAUACUUAUGGACGAAGAAACCACUGAUCACACAAAUUUAUUGAUCGCAAUUUUACAUGCCAGCACGAAAUUGAGACGCGAGCAGAAGUUUAUCAUGCAGUUGUUAAUGUCGUUGAAGGGACAAAUUGCAACAAGGGAAACGUGUAAAGUUGACGCAUCUGCAUUUUUUCCGUAUGAAUUAAAGACAAAGCUGAUCAAAACGAUUAGCAAUUUUUCCAACAAACAGGCAAUUGCAAUUCUAAGGACAUUGAUAUAUUACUUAAAUACAGAUUGCCUAAAACUACUGCAAUGUGAUAGCUCAUGUAAAAAUGUGUUAAUAUUAAAAGCGACCGUGGAACUGCUCGUUAUACUUUUCGAGGGUAUGCAGAUAUUUGAGUACACCAGAACGUUGCCCGCUCACGAGAAACUUAUCAAUGCUCUGGACGAACUGGAAAGUGCUCUUUCACAACUGAUAAACAAAUCGCUGUGCUUAACUCACAAUAAGAAUAUUACUAUAGUAUUACUGAGCGCGGUGCUAUCGCUGAGCGAGGUACAAAGCAUGUCGAAAUAUUACGUGCCAAAAGGCGCUGUUACGAAGAAGCUAUCUUUUCCAAUUCUCGACGAUUCCUGGCAACAAUUGAUUCAGAGAAUAACGAACUUCGGGGAAGACAAUUGCAAGACUAUUAUGAAUAAACUUAUUUUACAUCGAGUAAGACUAAACGUAUCGAGUGAACCUGUUAAACUUGACGGUUUAAUAAUAGGUGGCAUCGAGUACUCUUGGAGUACUAUCUUACAACAUGAUAUAGAUGUACUUCCGUUGUUACGUGACAGAGAUAUAUCCAAAGUGACGUGUUUCUUGUUGGCAGACAUGACGUCGAGCGAAAAUAAUUUUCAAAAAUGGCGUUAUAUAUUAGUUAAAGAAUGCCUUCAAGAGAAUAGACGCUUUGUCAUGUAUCUCUCGAGUCAUAUCCUUGCCCAUAUUGGACAGUCCUUGUCACUGGGACGCACAAAAUCCAUCAUAGAACACAUCAAUGCAAAACUCUUAAUGGAGGAAAACGACAAAGUGCUGGAAGUUUUGCAAGUUAUAAAAGAGCUGAUAUCUCAAAAGCAAUGGGUGCAGGUAGCAAAUGAUACCUCCUCUAAAAUUAUAUUACAUUUGAAAAUAUUGUCACUUUUACCGACGAUAUAUCUCGGGCCUAAUGUAAGAACAUUACUAUUUUUGGCUGUAUAUUCUGUCAGCAGAGAAUGUGAAGCAAACGAUACAGUAUUGACGUUGUGCAACAUGAUAUUCUCAGAAUUAUUGGAGAAACCAGGUAUUGAUAUAUUUCAGUACGUAGAACCGACAAUAUUGAUAAACCAGUUAACGCGAAAUAAAGCAUUUUCGAAAGCUUGCGAAUUCUCUUUUCGCAAUGUAACGACAUACGACAUUUUAAAGAGUCUCAUAAAGAGUUGCGUGCAAUGCAAGGAAGUAAUGUGCAUCCUUCUGGAAAGCAUGGAGAUCGUCAAACCCAAAUUGGAUACUGAACAGAAAGCUAUCUUCAAAAAGGCGGAGAAAAAAUUGGCCAAAGCCAUUUUAAAAUUGUUACCUGACGAAAUGGAUGAUGUAUUCGACAUAAGAUGUUUGAUAGCAGUGUUAAAAGUGACAAUUUUAACGAAAGAAGUUCCCGACUCUGUGAAAAGAUUGACCGAACUAACUCUAAGGAAUAUGUUUACAACAAAAAAAGAUUUAGAUGACACAAGCGACAAUACAUUGUUAGAACACAGUGUGCAAUUGGCUGUUAUUGUUUUACGACAUCGUAAAACGUUCGAAGUUGAAGACGCGAUUAUUAAAAGCCUGUGGUCAGUCAUGCUAAGGCACCCUUGCAAGAACUUACUUGAACUGCUCUUAGAGUCAACUGGACCAAAAGAGUUCGAUGAAUUUCUGAAAGUGCUGUACGAUAAAACGAUAAACAGCUUGUCGCAAACAGAUGAAACAACAUGGACAAACCUGUUCGUUAUUUGGAGCGGUAUAAUGAAAGUAAACAUGAACUUCAAACGUAACAAAAUACGUUUGGUCGCGGUUAACAGUCUUCUCGAAGCCGCAGAAUUACUGGAUAUUCCCGACAAAUGUUGGCGAAACUUGUUGCACUUGUCGCACGACAUAAUUGGCGCUAAACACUUGGUUAUUCCCAACAGUAUGAUUGAUCUGAUUAUAAUAAUUGGCCUAAAGUCUCUCGACAACGUGAAGAUAUCGUCGUGCGAGAACGUGCUGGCUAUAUGUAGAACGUUGAUAAACGUCAGAACGAACUUGAUAACGGACAAGCUGCCCAUUUUACUGUUGCUGUAUAGAGCUGCAGUAAAUACUAUUGUUCACGCGUCGAAAAGCGUGGUCGAUAAAUUCGAGGAGCAUCGAUUCACAAAUCUCGCAUUCGAUAUCGAGAAGGUUACGAGUUUACUGAUAAAAUUGAAGAAAGAUAUGACUCGACUAAGUGUCUAUCUGAUUGCUGAUUUGUUGCAGUUGAUUGUUGAAGGCACUGCACCGUCCUACAUCAAGACGGCUUUACAGAAUGCUCUGUGCCAGUUAAUUAGUAUUUGUGAUCAGCACGGAAUUGCCUUCCUGUCUCGCGCGUUACCGACAUCGUUACAAGAAGUUUUCAAAGUACAACUGGACAUGUUUAACAAAUUUUAUAAAUAUUCUGGCAAGAUUUGAAUUUCCACCGAUUGUUCAAGAAGUCUAUUCGACUAUCCUGAGAAAUAAAAUUAACAGGAUAUAUAAAAUAGGAACGAAUAAAUUGUAUAAUGACUUAUAGCUUGUAUAAAUAUAAUUGUACAAUAUUUAUAAGCGUUUACAAAUUCGAGAUGUAUUUUUGUAUAAAUAAUAGAGCAAGAUGUUUUAAAGUUAUAAAUUGCAUUAAUAAGGCGUGAUUAUAUAGGUUAUACAGAUGAUCACUGGCGAUAUUUUUCUAUUUGUAAUAUGAUUAUGUAACAAGAGUAAUAUUAGUUUUGUUAUUCACGCAUGAAUAACAAAACUGUUACUUCAGUUUGCGAAUUGAAUAACAAAAAAAUAAUACUUCAGUUUGCGAAGUAUUCUUAUCCUUUAUGCGUAAAUGACUGCACAGCAUUUCGAGAGCAUACAAUCUUAAAACGUGAUUCAAGAUUGGGUCUAUGUGGUAGAUAGGAAGGAACAUGAAGGUUAGAAUUCCGCGUGGAAUCAGCAGAGAUCAAAUCUUCGUUACUAUUAUCAUAGGUGCAGUCUCCGGUAGUUACAUCUGGAACAAAACGUGGCAGCAACACGUGAGGGAAGAACGUGAGAAAGAAGAAAUCUCUAAUGAGUCCAUCAGUCAAUCAGAGAAUUAAGAGGGUGCUCCUUGAAAAAUUUGGCGCAGUGGGACUUCUAAUUGUCGGAGCAUCUCUUAUUUACGUAACUUACACGGGUUUUAUUAGGCCUGUGUACCGUCGGUACAACAGCAUGAAAGCGGAAGAAAUUGCAAAUAUCAUCUAUGAACAACGCAAGAAAAAAGUUCUACAACAGCAAGAAGAUAAAACAUAAGAAACUAGGGUUUCCAAGGCAGUUGUUAUUUUAUGUGCAUAAUACUUUAUCUUCAUUUUUAUUUAAAUAAAGAGGAAACAUGUAAA